GCAUCUUGUCAAUGCCCAUGGCCAAAAAUUUUCUCUGUCAGAUAACAUUCAAUUAGUAAAAUUCCUUCUCUGCAUUGUCGAAUGCUCUCAUGGACAGUUGAUUGACUCAUCUUAUACAAGUGCCAACCGAAAGUCUGAUGCAGUAACUGGAAAGAUGUUAUCUAAGUACUGUAGUUUGUGGGAGGUUGAAACUGUUAUAUUUAUGAUGCUUGGUGAAGCAUUCUCAAGGGUCGGGUCUUACUUUCCUGCUGAAAUUUGGCAAUCUACUAUUGAGGUGCUUAGAAAAUUAAUGGAUGCCUUGACAUCUAGAAGCUUGCUUGUUGAAGACAUUGUUAUGUCCAGGUUUUAUGUGUCUCUUCUUAAUUGUUUACACUUGGUUCUUAUGGAUCGUAAAGGUUCCCUUCUUGACCAUGUGUCUAGUUUCGUGGCAACACUACGCUUGUUCUUUGUUUAUGGCCUUACCACUAGGCGGCAAUUUACUUUUCCCGUUAGUAGUCAGAAGGAGAAAGAACUUGGUGAAAGGCACCUUAAGGCUACGUUAGAAGAACCUACAAGAAAAGAUCAUGCUCCGUAUAGGCCUCCACAUUUGCGCAAAAAGGAUAGCAUGAUUAUGAAGCAGCCGAAAGCCAUGGAUUCUUAUUGUUUGCCUGAUCAUGAAUCUUCUACUGCUGAUUUUACAUCAUCAGAUUCAGAUUACAGUGACAGUGAUGGAUCAGGAAAAGAGAUUGAUAGUAUUCGAAGCUCUAAAGUUAGAGUUGCUGCGAUUUUUUGUAUACAGGAUCUUUGCCAAGCUGAUCCCAAGUCAUUUACUACCCAGUGGACAAUGCUUUUACCAACAAAUGAUGUUCUGCAACAGAGAAAGUUCGAUGCCACUCUAAUGACGUGCUUGCUAUUUGAUCCUCAUCUAAAGGCACGGAUCGCAUCUGCCUCAGCUCUCGCAGUUAUGCUAGAUGGCCCUUCAUCUGUUUUUCUGCAGGUAGCAGAGUACAAGGAAUCUUCUAGAUGGGGAUCUUUCAUGGCACUUUCAAGUUCCCUUGGCCGAAUACUGAUGCAACUUCAUACUGGCAUCCUGUUCUUGAUCCAGCAUGAAAGUUCCAGUAGAUUGCUGCAAUCUCUGUUCAAGAUUCUUAAGCUUUUGAUAUCGUCUACACCAUAUUCAAGAAUGCCCGGAGAAUUGUUACCGGAAAUUAUAACAUCUCUGUUAUCAAGGACUGAAAAUGGGUUCCCUUUCAAAAGUGAUCAGACUGGUUUGCUGGCUGCUACCAUUAAUUGCUUGACAGCAGCUCUAUCUACCUCACCUCCAUCACCACAUGUCAAACAACUGCUGCUACAAGAGCUGUCAACAGGUGGUGUUGUCGCUGAAAAGAAGUUACAUGUUCUCUCCACAUUAUUUCGAUAUUCUGAGCACCUAACAAACUCCGCAAUAUCGGUUGAAGCUCUUCAGGCCCUUAGAGCUCUGAUACACAAUUACCCAUACAUGGCAGUUACAUGUUGGGAACAAGUUUCCACUAUAUCUUCCAAAAUUUUGAGGGUUGCAAUUCCAGAAGUUUCUGCUAGUGCAUGGAGGGGACAUAUGGGGGAAAAUUUUGGGUUUGCCGGGGAAAAAGUUAUAACAGCAUCAAUCAAGGUCUUAGAUGAGUGUCUUCGUGCUAUUUCUGGAUUCAAAGGGACUGAAGACCUUUUUGAUGAUAAAUCAUUGGAUACUCCUUUUACCUCCGAUUGCAUAAGGAUGAAGAAGGUAUCAUCUGCUCCGUCAUAUGAACCAGAGAGCAUACAAGAUACCAAUGAAUCAAAAGCAUUUGAGUCAGGAAGUGAGCAUUGGUCUAAGAUGAUAGAGAAUCACAUGCCUCUGAUACUAUGGCACAUUUCUUCUAUGGUGAGAACUGCAUCAUUGACUUGUUUUGCUGGCAUCACAUCUUCUGUAUUCUUCUCCCUCUCAAAGGAGAAACAAGAGUUUAUUGUUUCUUCUUUGGUCACUGCUGCUCUAGAUGAUAAGGUUCCUUCAGUUAGGUCAGCUAGUUGUCGAGCUAUCGGUGUAAUCUCUUGUUUUCCACAAGUUUCUCACAGUGCAGAGAUUCUUUCCAGGUUUAUCCAUGCUAUUGAAAUCAAUACUCAUGAUCCUUUGGUUUCGGUGCGAAUAACAGCCUCAUGGGCUUUGGCAAACAUUUGCGAUUCUCUGCGUUACUGCAUCAAUGAUUUUCGUUUAGAAAAGUCUGCAGACUCAGUUGCAAACUCUCAAUUGAUGGAACUGUUAGCGGAGAGUGCUUUGCGGCUAACAAAAGAUGGUGACAAGAUCAAAUCAAAUGCUGUGAGGGCUCUAGGAAAUCUAUCAAGAAUUGUUAGAUGCACUUCUGGCAUGCAUGAUCAUUUGUUGGAGAAAGUGGUUCAAGCAUUCCUUUCUUGUGUUACGACUGGGAAUGUCAAGGUCCAGUGGAAUGUUUGUCAUGCGCUGAGCCACCUAUUUUUAAACGAGACAUUAAGACUGCAAGAUAUGGAUUGGGCUUCUUCUGUUUUUAGCAUUCUACUACUAUUACUACGUGAUUCUUCAAACUUUAAGAUCAGAAUACAAGCUGCUGCUGCUUUGGCUGUGCCAACCUCUGUACAUCAAUAUGGUAAAUCCUUCUCGGAUAUUGUCCAAGGUCUCGAGCAUAUAAUUCAAAUUCUAGGUUCUGACCAGAUAUCAGUGCCAUCAAGUUUCAAAUACAGGAUUGCACUUGAAAAGCAGAUAACGUCAACCACAUUGCAUAUUCUUAGCCUUGCUUCUGGCAGUGAUCAGCAACCUUUGAAAGAUUUUCUUGUCAAGAAAGCGCCGUUUUUAGAGGAGUGGUUGAAGGUUGUAUGCUCCAGUCUAGGAGAGACAAGUAGUGGGACAGAGGCUGGAAAUUCCAGUGGAAACCAAAAGAAACAGGUGAUAGCCAUGGCAAUACGUUCACUCAUUGAAGUGUUUGAGAGGAACAAUCACCAUGCAAUUGCAGAGAAAUUUGAGAAGUUAUACAACAGCAUACCGUGAACGAUAUUAUUUUGUGCAGUUGGUUUAUGAAUACUUCACAGUUCACAUUGUUGGAUUGGAUUACUUGACCCCAUUUUUCAGGUGGGGUAAUUUUUGCUCUCAAACUCAUCAUGCGUGCAUGAAGAAAGGCAAUCCUUGAAGGUAGUCUUGUCCUCCCGUGAAACAGGUUCUAUGCAUCUGCUUGGUCAUGUAUAGACAUUUGUAAUGCAAGAAAUGGUGGGCUUGCGCGUUCUCAACGACAGUUAGGAGAUACUCAUACUCAACCAUUAAUACAUUUGGGAAUGAGAAGUUGCCAUCUUGACGAAGGAAUCUUUAAAGAAAAGCUCCUUGCUACGGAAUGAUGCUUUUUUUUUUUUUUUUUUAU